AUGUACGCUGAUAUCAGCAAACCACCCAAGGCGCUGCCGCAGCCAAAUCCACAAGAGAUCAGACCAGGGUUGACGCUGCAGACGCCUCUGCUGCGAAGUCGGGAAAAUGGCCCUGGCAUCAUCACCCUCGUUCCGGACGUGGUCGACAAGGCAAGAACGCAUCUAGACGGCGUCCCCUCGUUGCUCAUCAAGUGGGCCGAGGAAGGAUACGUCGUGGCCGAGAUCCAGGCCUCUGCAUUGGCCGCCGACCAGGAAGUGUUGCGGCAUGCCGUUGCUGCUCUUCAGCAAUGCGAGAAGUGUGAGAGCACGGAGAGGAUUGGCCUUAUCGUCUAUGACCACACACUGCUGGCCAAGCUCUCCCAGAUUGCUAGUAUACCCGAGAUCGCAGGAGCAAUUGUGUAUACAGAUUCAACAACCAGUCUUCAACCGCUAUCGGUCCCGACGCUACUGCACGUCGCUGGCGCACCACCAGCCCAGCCAGACGCCUCCGCGCAGAGACCCGCCCAGGAUCGUAGGUACUACUACCCAACGGUGAAAUCAUCCAGCUUUGCCACGCCAUUCACUGCCGACUUUCACUACAAUUCUGAAGCGGUCUCACAUACCCGCAGCUUGACCUUUCUGAAACCGAAAGUCAACGGCCCCUAUUUCGACCUCGAGACCAUCUGGGACGAACACACGUAUUACGAGUUCGCAGAUCGCUCGGUCCAGCAUACCAUGAGCACCAUGGUGCAGGAACCCUAUGUCAACCACGUUCCCACGCUCACUGGUGGCGUGGGCCGCGAACCACUCUCGAAUUUCUACCGCGAUAGCUUCAUCUUCAGUAAUUCCGCCGAUACUGAGUUGGAGCUCAUCAGCCGGACUGUCGGUAUUGAUCGCGUCAUCGAUGAAUUCAUCUUCAAGUUCACUCACACCCAGGAGAUCCCUUGGAUGCUUCCCGGCGUCCCAGCCACAAAUCUUCCGCUUCAACUCCCUUUUACCGCAGUGGUGAAUAUUCGUGGGGACCGCCUCUAUCAUGAACAUAUUUCCUGGGACCAAGGCACGGCGUUGAAGCAGCUCGGCUUGCUACCGGACUACAUGCCCUUCCCAUAUCCUGUGCCAGGUGUUGUAGGAGGCACCAAAACCGAGUACAGACUGCCCAUCACCGGCUUGGACACCGCGCGGAAAAUUCGAGAUCGGAAUUCCGUCCCUUCAAAUGAUAUGAUAAUCGGUUACAAGGUCCGCCCCAGUGGAGCUGGGGUGGAGAGUUGA